CAAUGCAAAAACAAAAGAUUUGAGAGAUGGAGGGAGAAACCAUAAGUCUCGUCAUAGUAUGCGUUUCUGCUAUAGUUUCUACAUCUUACUGUUACUACAUAUCAACCAGAAUCAAAGCUGGAGUUUUUAGGCUAAUCUCUGUUCUUCCCGUUUGUGCUUUGUUUCAAAUUCUUCCUAUGUUUUUCUUUACUCUUCAUAUCUCUUGUUCCUUAUCUGUUUUCCUUUCAUGGCUCGCUGGUUUUAAACUCAUACUCUUCUCUUUCGAUCAAGGUCCUCUUUUCCCACUUCCCCCAAAUAUCUUCCGAUUCAUUUGCUUCACUUGCUUGCCCAUCAAGGCCCAACAAAACCCUAAUUCUAAAACUCAAUUUCCCAAAUGGGUUUUCCCCAUCAAAGUUGCCAUAUUUGGUGUGGUUGUACAUAUGUAUGAUUACAAACAAUAUAUGUCUCCACUUGUGCUAUUGGCUAUAUAUCCUCUGCAUAUAUAUUUGGAGCUAGAAAUUGUUUUGAUGCUCGUCAAACUUUUGGUUUUUAUCAUUCUUGGGUGUGAUCUGGAGCCGCAGUUCAAUGAACCAUACUUAGCCACCUCUCUUCAAGACUUCUGGGGUCGCCGGUGGAACCUUAUGGUCACGCAACUUCUUAAGCCGGCUAUAUACAUCCCCGUGUGGCGGCUUUGCAAUGGCCGAAUGAGCUCCGAUCAUGCUAGGUUUUUGGCGGUUAUGGCGACGUUCAUUUUCUCUGGUGUAGCACACGAGGUGUUCUUUUUCACUUUAACGUUUGAGAUGCCUACAGGAGAAGUGGCUUGUUUCUUUGUGUUACAUGGAGUUUGCACUGCCGCUGAGAUAGCUGCGAAGAGGACCGAGUUUGUGCGGCGGUGGAGGGUGAGUCCAACAGUGUCGCGGCUGUUUACGGUGGGAUUUGUGGUUAUGACGAGUGGUUGGUUGCUUUUCCCUACGGCUGCAAGAAGCAACAUGCUGGAUAGAGCCGCUAAUGAAGCCUUGUUGUCCAUUGAUUUCUUCAAGCGCACGUUUUUGUACUUAUAAUAAAUUGUCCAAUCAUGAUUUAUGGAUUUAUGUGCUUCUGAAUUAUCAAUCUGAUGAGACUAUAAGUGAUGUUAGAUUGGUGAUGAUGAGUAUAUUGUAUUUUAAUAUUUUUUUAUAUUGCAAAUAAUUAAAUUGCCAAUGUUUUGUUCCUGAGAUAAAGGACAAGAGAGUAUCUCAUGUUCUCAUUUCACGUUGCAUAGUUGCUUAGUUGUUUCGUUGCUUUCACAGCUGUAGAAACGUGUAGUUCCAUAUCUAUUGUAAAUAGAAAAGAAAACAAAGAAAAAAGCAGAUUGACUUUACUAGAAAAACUUGUGUUUGUAUUUGUGUCUACACAAAUAUCUUAAUUUUUGAAGAGGAACUUUAAUCGGUAUUAAAGCAAUCUUGUGUUCUAAGGUAUCAACGGAUCUCUCUACUUCUUCGAGCUAGUCUCUCCUUUUAACAUUUCUAUCCUAUGUUUUAUUGUUUUCAUGUUAUUGUUGUUCAUCUUUCCGUCGAGUAUAUCUCCGGUUGUAACCGUUUUAACCCCUUAGGUUUAAAUUAAUGAAUUUUGUGCACAAAAAAAAGUAUCAAAAGAAUGAUCACAUUUACUCUUAACACAAUCAUAUAUCGUUUGUUGAGAUGCUAAAUAUAACUUAAGACUGAAGAGACGUUAUAUACUGGAAACGUCUUCUUUUAUGGUUUGUUGUCUUAGUUUUUUUUUUUUAGUGGUUAAUUCAUUGGGAUCUGUAGAUUUGACGAGUGGUUGGUUGUUUUUCCCUCCUCUUAUAAGAAGUGGCAUGUCCAAUUAGACUCCCUAACGAAUCCUUGUCGUUCAUUGAUUUUGUCAAGGACAAUUUUUCUAC